CGAAGCUGACUACUUCCCAACUCAUUCAAGAUGUCUUCCAACCCCUCGCCCCCAAGCAAUGUCUCCACCAUCGCCACUCUCCUCAGAGCCACCCCACCCCCCAAGAUCGUCGCGCUCGUCGGCGCCGGCAUCUCAACGGCAGCCAACGUGCCUGACUUCCGCUCCGUACAAACAGGCCUCUACGCCAAACUUGCACCCCUCAAACUCCCCUACCCCGAGGCAAUUUUCGACAUAAACUUCUUCAAGCACACCCCCGAGCCAUUCUACGCAAUUGCCCGCGCCCGCAAACCCCGCAACCUGCGGCCCACACUCACACAUGCGUUCCUAGCCCUUCUCGCGAAGAAGAACCUACUUCACUUCAUAUUUACGCAAAAUAUCGAUGGAUUAGAAGAAGAUGCUGGUGUUCCAGCAAGUCAUAUUCUCGCUGCGCACGGGAAUUGGAAGUCGCAGCGGUGCUAUCGGUGUAAGAAGGUAUAUCCGGACGAGUUGAUGGAGAACGCGAUUGAGACGGGCGAGGUCCCGUACUGUCUUGAUGAGGGGUGUAGGGGUGUGGUUAAGCCAGAUGUGGUUUUUUUUGGGCAAGAUUUGCCUAAGAAAUUUGAGGAGAAAGAGAAAACGAAGUUGCCGGAGGCGGAUAUCAUGCUUGUGCUUGGGACUUCGUUGAAGGUUGCGCCUUGUUCAAGACUACCAAGGAGUGUGAGGGAGGGUGUUCCAAGAGUUUUGGUUAAUUUGGAGUCUGCCGGGGAUAUUGGAAACAGGGAUGGGGAUGUUGUUGCUUUAGGACAGUGUGAUGAAGUGAUUAGGGCGUUAAACGAGGAGCUGGGGUGGGCGGAGGAAUUGGAUAGUUUGUGGCAGGAGGCCAUUGCUGCUAAGGGGCGCUAUAAGGAUAAGCACGGAGAGCAGCCAAGUCUGGAUGAGUUGAUUGCGAGAUGCGCUGAGAAGAUCGGGCCAAAGCCUGUGACUGAUGGUCAUCGGCGGAUGCUAGAAGAGCAUCUUGAUGCUAAGUAUGCAGGAAUCUUACCUGGUAAGGUUUGAGAUGGGAGUGGACAAGCGAGAGUCCCAUCUGAGCAUUUCUGGUAGUGUAUAUCUCUAUGUACUCGAUAAAAGAGAGGAAAUAUGUUAUCCCCAACGCACGUGAUAUUCCAC